AGUAGUUGAACAUUAAACGAGUAUCAAGCGAUCAUCAAAUUAUAAUAUUGAAAUCAUUACUAUCACCAUCACUAUUCUGUUCCCGUAAAAACCAGCCCCAUAAUCCGAAGCAAUACAGAUCUUCCGCACCGUUUUCCGUAACGUUUGACUUUGACACCAACGCAACUCCAAAAGUUGUACAACACUCGUUUUUUGUUGACCAUGAAUACUUAAUUUUCCGCUAAUUCUACAAAUUUGAACUGGAAAACUUUAAGCCAAAUUUAAUUAUUAAUUGAUGCCCAUUUUUGUAAGUUUGAAAACGCCAUGCUUUUGCAAAAAUUUUCAAUAUGAAAACAAGUACAAAAUCGCAAAAUUCCAGUUGCAGUGACGUUUUCUGCAGUAUUUCCUGCCAUGUCAUAUUUAAUAUAAUGUAUACUGUAGACACAUACUAACACUAACCGACAUAGAUAGCAAAUUGCCAUCUCUAACUAUCAAUUUUUCUACGUGUCUUUUAUUUUACUGCGAGGAAUAUUUUACUUGCAAAUAAAUAAGAAUUUACGAUGUCUGGAAUUAAAAACGUGGUGCAGAAAUUCUCCAACGAUUAUGUCGAAAACACUCCGAAAAAGUUGAAAAUCGUGGAUAUUUAUUUAUCAUAUGUUUUUCUUACCGGCGUCAUCCAGUUCGUGUAUUGUUGUUUGGUCGGCACCUUCCCUUUCAACUCAUUCCUAUCGGGCUUUAUAAGUACAAUUAGCUGUUUUGUAUUGGGCGUUUGUCUACGGCUACAAGUGAAUCCUCAAAACAAGGCAGUGUUUGUGGGCAUAUCGCCAGAGCGUGGUUUUGCUGACUUCAUAUUUGCCCAUGUUAUAUUACAUUUGGUAGUUAUGAAUUUUAUUGGAUAAAAAUGUAAAUCUAGAAUGUAACUGUUUUUGAGAAAAUAUAUACUAUAAAUAAAUGAUCGAAAUAUCUAUUCAAGUACAUUAA